GCUGGGCGUGCACUCCUGGGGGAUGGGAGGGGUAGGACUGCGUAUUGAGGACCAUAGAUAAAGGGAAGGAUCCGCUGGGGGGAGAGACAGAAAACGCCCUCGUUUUACGUCUGUUCCGCUCUUUGAUUCCACGGAAUACUGUGGUUUUCGACGGCUAAAAUGUCCGGGGAUCAUGAAUUAAACGCAGCUCAGUGAAUUUGCCCCUCCCUUCUGCCGUCAGUUCGAAUGUGUCGUGACGGGUUUCUAAUUGCACGUGCAGGCUGCACCAGGUCCUCGACCUCCCCGACAAGUCCAAUAAAAUGACCGACAUAUCUGGUGCCCCUCUCGACGAGAAAAUCCAGGAAGGAAUUUCCACUCCCACCCCUUCAGACAAGGAAAUCGUCUCUCAAGAAGACGAAGAUCAGCUCGGCGGAGAGAGGCCCACCGAAGAGGAAAAGAGAACGCUCAGGCAUGUUGGAGAACCUCUGCCGAAAGCUGCUUUCCUAGUUGCCAUUGUAGAGCUCUGCGAAAGAUUUACGUACUAUGGUGCGAGUGGCAUUUUCCAAAACUAUGUUCAGAGACCGUUAGAUGGAAGUGAAGGAAGAGGAGCCCUAGGGAUGGGGCAUAAAGGCGCCACCGGGUUGACUACCUUCUUCCAGUUCUGGUGCUAUGUAACUCCAAUCCUCGGCGCCAUCAUUGCAGAUCAGUAUUUGGGAAAAUACAACACUAUUCUUGUGUUCUGCAUGGUAUAUCUCGUCGGCCUAUUAAUCCUCACCACCACAUCUAUCCCCUCCGCCCUUUCCCAUGGCGCCGGUCUAGGCGGCUUCGUUACUGCAGUCAUUGUCAUCGGCCUCGGAACCGGAGGCAUCAAAUCCAAUGUCGCCCCCUUAAUUGCCGACCAAUACAAACGCCGUCAAAUGGUCAUCGGACACGACAAGAAGACUGGCGAACGGGUUAUCAUCGAUCCGAGCAUCACCAUACAGCGCAUAUACAUGAUCUUCUACUUCUGCAUCAAUGUCGGCGCCCUUGCUCUUCUACCUACUCCAUAUAUGGAGAGAGAUGUUGGGUUCUGGUCGGCGUAUCUGCUAUGUUUGUGCGUCUUCUUUGUGGGAACCACUGUCUUGGUGCUCGGGAGGAAGGUAUACGUAGUCAGGCCGCCACAGGGUAGUGUUAUCACAGAUGCGUUCCGAGUGCUCUGGAUGAUGGUCAAGAACCGAAAGAUGGAUGCUGCUAAGCCGAGUUACCAGGCUGCAUUGGGGAAGAACUCAAAUUUGCGAUGGGAUGACCAUUUUGUUGAGGAGGUGAAGCGCGCUCUGGUUGCUUGCCAGGUAUUUUGUUUCUACCCUAUUUAUUGGGUCGUAUAUGGCAACUUUUCGAACAACUUUGUCACCCAAGCUGGGCAAAUGCGCGGACAUGGAAUUCCCAAUGACCUGAUGCAGAAUUUCGACUCCAUUUCCAUCCUGGUCUUCCUUCCUGUAAUGGACCGCCUCGUGUACCCCAUGCUCCGGAAAGCUAAAAUUCCCUACCCGCCAAUAAACAGGAUUGUCACGGGUUUCUGGAUUGGCUCUCUAGCCAUGGCGUAUGCUGCUGUAAUCCAAUAUUAUGUCUACAAGAGAGGGCCGUGUUAUGAGCACCCACUUUGCGACGCAAGUAAGGACGCAAGUGGCACUCUCCAAGGCAACGACAUUCACAUCGCUGCACAAACAGGCGCCUACAUGCUCAUCGGCAUCUCUGAAAUCUUCGCCUCGGUCACUGGCCUCGAGUACGCCUACACCAAGGCCCCCCCAAGCAUGAAGUCCUUCGUGCAAUCCAUGUUUCUCCUUACCAACGCCUUUGGCUCUGCCAUCUCAGAAGCCUUAAAUCCCGUCCUAUAUGAUCCAGCUAUUCAGUGGAUGUUUGUCGGAUUGGCGGUCAGCUCUUUCGUUGCGGGAUGUCUGAUCUGGAUUCUAUUCCAUCAUUUGAAUGCGACGGAGGAUCAGAUGAAUUCGCUCGAUAAGGAUUAUGAUGACGAUCCGACACUGAGAAGGGGGAGUGUUCAUGGGGACAGGACAGUUGGGAUACACCAUGAUCAUGAGAAGGCUUAGGCGGGUGUUAGAAGGGGAAAUGGAGGAUAAUAUGGGAGUCUGGGAUUGGGGUUGGUCAGAGUCAUGUUUAGGUGUAGAGUUGUUCAAUGAUAAGCUGCUUUAUUGGCUGAGUUUACUACCUUCACCCCAAAGCAGCUGCGUAAAUGCAGUAUCUGAUUCCUCGACCGCACAGACUGCUGCUUGGCAUUUGGUGACUACCCAUGGGCGAGUGGGUUCCCAUAGGAAGUGCUUCAGGUGGCUGAGGCUCCGGCCUACUCUAGUCGCA